AUGAUGGUGCGCGUCAAGGACAAUGAAGUCGUCUCAGAGGCAUUCGCAGUGACCAACGGAGUGAAGCGGAGCUGCGUCCUCGCGUCUACCCUCUUCAGUCUCAUGUUCUCUGCCAUGAUAAAGGACGAAUACCGUGACAAACGCCGCGAGAUCCGCGUCACCCACAAAACGGACGAUCAACUCUUCAAUCAGCGACGGAUGCACUUCUAGUCGCGUGUGUAUACAAUCUCCGUCCAUGAACUUCUCUUCGCCGACGACAGCGCUUUCAACGCCACCUCCGAAGGGGAUAUGCAAGUGAACAUGGACCUCUUUGUCGCCACCUGCGACCUCUUUGGCCUGCUUAUGAACACGGGGAAGACCGUGGCUAUGCACCAACCACAACCCGAUGCUACUUACGUCGCACUCCAAAUCAACGUAGACGACGCCCAACUGCAAGUCGUGGACAACUUCAUCUACCUGGGCAGCACCUCUCGCAACACCAAAAUCGACGAUGAAGUGGCUCGCCAAAUCUCCAAAGCCAGUAAAGCCUUUAACAGUUUGGUAUAGACACGGUCUCCACAUCAGCACUAAACUGAAGACGGACAAGGCGGUCAUCCUGCUGACGCUGCUGUAUGGAGCGGAGACUUGGAUGGUGUACAACAAGCAGGCACGACGAUUCAACCCCUUCUACCUCAGCUGUCUCCAAUGGAUACUGAAGCUGAGGUGGCAGGACCGGAUACCGGAAACGGAAGUACAGGAACGGACGGGUAUCCUCAGCGUCUACGCCAUGCUGAGGCAGCUGCAAUUGCGCUGGAGCGGCCAUCUGGUGGGAAUGGACGACCAGCCGUUGCCCAAACGACUCUUCUAUGGAGAUGUCGCCACGGAUUCCCACCAUGAAGGACGUCAAGGCCAGCGCUACAAGGAUACCCUGAAGACUUCGCUGAGGCGUCUGCAAAUCGACCCGGCCAACUGGGACCGGGACCUGGCGACCUGGCGGACAGCAGUGAACACCGGCGCAGGCAUCUACGAGGACAACCGCAUUAUCGCCGCCGAAACCAAAUGUGACGCUCGCUGUCCCCACCUCGCAACGCCAACGCUCAAUUGUCCCCGACCUGCUUUUUGA